AUACAUUUCAGUUUCACUAAACCAGAUGCCAACCACGUCUUCCCACUGGACAUGGCUGAAAAGUCAGUUGAUGACAUGUACUGUGGCUGCAAUAAAGAAAUGAUGGAAUUAGUGCAACAUAAAUACUUAAAAAAAGAGUUUAGCGGAUUGUUUGCAAAUGCGUGGAAAGUCGCAAAACGCUGUGCAAAACGGAAACGGAGAACGAAUCCUGAUCUAACUGAACUUCACCUGACAGCAAUCUGUCUUUAUACAGCUAAUGAAGUGUACCAAAAAUUCAACAAGGCAGUCAGGACAGAGAGGGAUGAGUAUACAUCCUCAUUUAAGUUUCACUCUUUACAUUACCUGCUGGCAUCAGCCAUACAGAUCUUGAAUAACAAUUACAACUGUCUCACUACUUAUAGACGAACCAAUGUUAGAUUUACUGGCAACGUAAACCAAAUAAUUAGAUUUGGUUCUUUUGCCUCCAGCUCUUUUAAAAAAAACCUGAAAAAUUUUGGUCAUGAGAGCUGCUUUCAAAUUGAGACCUGUUUUGGUGGUUAUUUGAAACAUUAUUCUACUUUUGGUGCAAAAGAGAAAGAAGUGCUCAUCCCCCCCUAUGAGGUGUUUAAAAUAACUGAGAUAAUUAGAGGGAAGAAAAAAAUUCGAGGCCUGAGUGAUUGUAAAGUUGUCUAUAUCUUGAAGCAUGAAGGGGCUAAGAGCCAGCUGAACUGCAAAGUUGCACACAAUUGAAAGUCCAGUGGUUAUUGUCCAAGUAGGAAGCCUUGUUCUUCCAUCUUUCAACAUUCUUAACUGCUUAUCACAACUCAUUAAAUUAGCAAUUUAAAUGACAUACUUUAAAAAUUGCAACAUUAUGCUUAGGGUUUAUUUCAUCCUUGUUUGUGUAUCGUUAAAUUUUUAUUUUAAUGAAAUCAGUAAUUUGUCAUUGCACAAAGAUGUGCACAUAUAUCUGUGUGCAAACAUAAAGGAAUACCAUAUCUAC